UUUUAUAAAAACAUGAGAAUUUUUCAAAAUAUUCUAGUUUUAAUUUUACCAUAACAAAUAUUACGUUAUUUAAGGAGUGAUUGAUAAAAGUUAGUUUGAAAUGGAUUUGGAAAAUAGGAUAGUUGUAUUGAUAGACAUGGAUUGUUUUUAUUGUCAAGUGGAGGAGAAAUUAAAUCCGGAACUCAAAGGAAAACCUAUAGCUGUUGUGCAAUAUAACCCAUGGAAAGGAGGAGGAAUCAUUGCUGUCAACUAUGUAGCCAGAGCUAUGGGAGUAAACCGACAUAUGCGAGGUGAUGAUGCCAAGGAGAAGUGUCCUGAGAUCCAGCUCCCAUCAGUGCCGUGCAAGAAAGGAAAAGCCAAUAUUUCAAAAUACAGAGAUGCAGGAAUAGAAGUAGCAAAGGUACUUCAAAGAUUUACAACUUUAUUAGAAAGAGCAUCGAUUGAUGAAGCUUACUUAGAUAUAACUAUUCCAGUACAGAAAAGAAUUCAAACAAUUAAUGUUCACACAUUGUCAAGUAGUAUGAUGCCUAACACAUUUGCACUGGGAUAUGACAGUUUUGAUAAUUUUAUCUCCGAUAUUCACAGCUGUGGUUCUGACUCUAUCGAAUUUGAUUAUGAUCAUGCAAAAAAAUUAAUAGUUGGUGCUCAGAUUGUUAGUGAGAUAAGAGCAGCGGUUUUUGAAGAAACAGGUUAUACAUGUUCAGCAGGAAUAGCUCAUAAUAAAAUAUUGGCUAAACUCGUCUGUGGUAUGAACAAACCUAACAAACAAACUGUAUUGCCUAAACAUUCUGUUAACAUAUUGUAUAGGACUUUGCCAGUAAAAAAAGUUAAACACCUAGGAGGAAAAUUUGGAGACAAUGUCUGUGAAAUAUUAAAAAUUCAAACCAUGGCACACUUACAAUCUUUCACAGAAAGAGAUCUUCAGGCUAAAUUUGAUGAAAAAAAUGGCACAUGGUUGUACAACAUUGCUCGAGGAAUUGACAUUGAACCAGUUCAAGCUAAGUUCAAUCCAAAAAGCAUCGGAUGUUGCAAGAAUUUUAAAGGCAAAUCCGCUCUUCUAGAUUUAGAAAGCGUAAAAAAAUGGCUAAGGGAUUUAGGCGACGAAAUUGAAGAAAGAUUAGAAAAAGAUGCUUUAGAAACUAACAGAACACCAAAGCAAAUGGUAGUGAGCUUUUCAGUACAGCUGCAGGAUGGCAGAGACACAAGUAGUUCGAGAUCAUACAAUUUCUUACCUGAUGAUGAAUUGUGUGCGGAAUUGUUUACAAAUAAGGCUUUUGAGAUCCUAGUAGACAGUACUGAAGGUUGCAAGCCAAAAGAAACAGACAGCAAUAAAAGAUUAAGAGCACCAAUAACAUUUCUUGGUAUCAGUGUAGGUAAGUUUGAAGAUAACACUGAAAACAAGAAAACGAAAAAAAUCCAAGACUAUUUCUGUGCUGGUUCUUCUAAAGAGACAAUACAAAAAUCCAAUGAAGCCACUAAAGAAAUCGAAACAAAAAAACCAAACAAUGUUGAUAAAAAUUAUAUACUACAAAAAUUUUUGCAAACAAAUAAUGAUAAAAAGCAAAUUUUAGUUAAGGAAGAAACUAUUGUACCUAAAAAUGAAAAAGUAUUAGAAUCUCCAUUAGAUAAGCAAGAAUCAUUCUUUGCCGAAUUUUUGAAAAAAGAUCAAGAAAAUAAAUGUAAUUUAGAACCUUAUGAUGAUGGAUCUUAUGAAUCUAAAUCUCUAAAUAAAGCAAAUAGCCCUACUUGUAAUAUAGUUGAAUGUGGCAAUGAUAGCAACGAUACUGUUUAUUCAGGAUCAACUAUUAAUGAAGAAAUAAAUAAAAGUAUAGCGCUAUUUGAAGAAGAUCCACUUGAUAUUGCUCGUGUUAGUAACAUGAGAGAGCUUUUGAAAACAACUGAAACGGAAGUUGAUAAAAUUAAUAAACCUAUACCUGAUCUUCCAUCAAGAAUUGUAACACCUGAAAUUAUAGAUAAAAGCAAUAUAGAAACAGUUGAUUGCUUGGAAUGUGGAAAACCUGUACCAUUAGAUAAGUUCGAUGAACACGCAGAUUACCAUAUAGCGCUUAAGUUUAGGGAGGAAGAGAGAGAAGAAUUACGUAAAACGAAAGAGAAAGUUACUCUUAAGGAACCAAAUAGAAGCGUAAAGAAGAAUCUACAAGAGUUUAACAAAAAUGAGGCAAAACCUUCAAUUUCCAGAUUUUUCACGAAAUUCGAUAUCACAGCCCCCAUGAAAAUGUGUACAGAGUGCGGUGAAAAAGUUGCAAUUGAAAAAUUUUCAGAACAUCUUGACUUUCACGAGGCUCAAAAAUUGAGUAGGGAGUUAAAUAAAAAAACGAUUAAUUCAUAUGCUAGUAGUAGUAUUAAAAGACAGAGAAUGUCAACAUCUCCAAUAAAAAAAACGAAAUUACCUUGUAAAUCAAUAGACACGUUUUUUAGAUAAAACAAUGUGUGAAAGAAACUAAAAAAAUAAAUAUAUUAAAUAUUAAGAAAAUAAAUGUGAUAUAUUUAAUAACAGUUUUUGUACACUCUAUAUUCUUUUAUUAUUCAAUAAGAAAUUAAGGAAAUAAAU